AUCAGUUCUUCAAUUGGUUUCAAUCCAUAAGAUGAAAUAUCUCGCUAUUUUGGUAUUCUGCGUUGCUGCAGUAUCAGCACAGUAUGAAAUGGCUCCAAUUGUCCAAGCAUCAUUCAAUGAAGUUAGACACAACGAAGCUGACAUUCUUUACAACAUCUUUAAGUCAUAUCCAGGCAUUCAAGCACGAUUUCCACAAUUUGCUGGCAAAGAUCCUGAAGAAAUCAAAGAAACUGCUGAAUUUGCAAUUCAUGCUGGAAGAAUUAUAAAUUUCAUUUCUGAAGUUCUUAGUCUUGCUGGAAGUCCAUCUAACCUACCAGCUGUAAAGACACUACUUAAUCAAUUAGGUGAAAGCCACAGGAUUCGCGGGAUCACAAGAUCUCAAUUUGAUGACUUUCAUAAAGCUCUUAUUGGGUACAUUCAAACUCAUGGCACAUGGAAUGAUGAAAUUUCAACAGCAUGGAAUCGUGUUGAGAUUAACAUGCAUAAAAUUUUGUAUGCAGCACUUGAUGGACAUCCAAUUAAUUAAAAAUUUGUUGUCCUUGAAUUGUAAAAAUAAUUUAUCCGUAAAUAAAAAUUUCAAAAUGAUUUAAAUGCACCUU